CGACCGGUCAAGCACACGAGAGCCAUGGCAUUGAAGAAGACACGGACGCCCGCUGCCAAGCGCGGCUUGUCGUCGGUCCAGGGAGCUCCAGACACGGCGACGGCCAAGCGGACCGAAGCCGGCGCCGUCCGGACGCAGCCACCGCCGACGGACGCCGGCGACAGCGAAGACGACGGCAGCGACGACGACGACGAUAGUACCGGUAGCAGCGACGGCUACGACUACGAAGUGCAUCCGAUUCUGGCGGAGCUCUUGUCGAUGGAGCUGCCGCCGCCGGGCUCCCACAUUGGCAUGGGCCAGCGCGUUCUCAUGGCCGAAAUUGCCGGAUUCACGGCGCAUCUGGACGACGACUGGAAGCAGGUGCCCACCGAGAUGAAGAGCCGCAAGCGCUUUCAAGACGCGCGGGGCAGCCAAGUCUUGGAGCGGUACCACGCCAAUUGA